GAACAGUUCAGUUUUUAAUUCUUAUACACACUUGCUUCACCACGAGAACAACUUAGCAGUGAGCUUGUAUAAAAUCAUGGUUCCCGCCAAACUUAGCCGUGUCCCUUCGGACCCCAAUUUGCGCAACAUCCCUAAGAUUGUUGACAAAAUUAACCUUCGCAAGUCUGAGGGCAAGACCUUCUACUCCUUCGAAUACUUUCCCCCCAAGACCACCGAGGGAGCCCAGAAUUUAUAUGCACGUGUUGAGCGCAUGUCGUCUGUCGAGCCGUUGUUCGUCGAUAUGACCUGGGGAGCUGGAGGUUCAACUUCCGAGAUGACACUAGAGUUGUGUACUAAUAUCCAAACAUAUUUAGGUAUGGACGUGAUGAUGCAUCUGACGUGCACAAACAUGCCGAGGUCGAUGAUUGAUAAUGCACUCACAUCCGCACGUGCCAACGGUGUGCGUAACAUUCUAGCUCUACGUGGUGAUCCCCCUGCCGGUCAAGACUGGCAGGCUUGUGAAGACGGUUUCGCGCAUGCUACUGACCUUGUAUCUUACAUCCGACAGACACACGGCGACUACUUUUGCAUAUGCGUCGCUGGUUACCCAGAGGGACAUCCCGCCGGCUCGCUUGACGGCAAGAUCACCUACGAAGAAGAAUUACAAUUCUUGAAGCAGAAGAUCGAUGCGGGUGCAGAUGUCAUCAUCACACAGCUCUUCUUCGAUACUGAUUUAUUCUUAGAGUUCAUUGACAAGUGUCGCGAGAUCGGAAUUGAUACCCCAAUCCUACCUGGGAUUAUGCCCAUCCAGUCUUAUGCCGGUUUCCACAAGAUGGUAGGGUUCUGCAAGGUCAAAGUACCGCAGUUCAUCACCGACCAGUUGGAAGCCGUAAAGGACGACGACGCGAAAAUUAAAGAAUUGGGCGUUCGCAUCGGGGUUGACACAUGCAAGAAGCUUUUGGAGUCGGGCAAGGUGCCAGGACUUCAUUUUUACACAUUGAAUCUCGAAAAGAUGGUAAUGAGCAUCAUCGAUGGGCUGCAGAUGGUGCCAACCGACAAAGCUAUUCGAUCUCUUCCAUGGCGUCCUUCCACCGCCGACAGACGCCGCAGUGAGGACGUGCGACCUAUCUACUGGGCCAACCGCCCCAAGAGUUAUCUGUCACGCACUGCCACGUGGGAUGAUUUCCCCAACGGCCGAUGGGGAGAUCGACGAUCGCCCGCGUUUGGUGAUGUAGGUAGUUACUACAUCUUCAAUCCCUCGAGAAUGUACAAUCCCAAAGUCAAGGAGACGUACGGGCCGUGUGACAGCAUUGAUGCCAUCGCCGAUGUCUUCGUGAAGUAUUUGAGUGGAGGGAUUAAGGUUUUACCUUGGUCUGAAACAGAGAUGAUUGCCAUAGAGACUGCUCAGAUCAACGACGACCUACUGUGGCUCAACCAAAACCAUCUCUUCACUAUCAACUCGCAACCGAGAGUGAAUGGUGUGCCAUCCACGGACGCCUCAUUCGGUUGGGGACCUGAAGGCGGCUAUGUGUAUCAGAAAGCAUAUCUGGAGUUCUUUGCCACUAAAGACAUCGUCGACAAGUUGUUCGAAGCAGUUAAGACCAUGCCCAGUUUCACACUUUACGCUGCUAGCAAGAAGUCAAAGUCGAUCAUGACAAAUGCUAAGAGACCUGACACCGCCACGGCUGUUACCUGGGGAGUUUUCCCAGAAACCGAGGUGCUGCAACCCACCAUUGUCGAUCCAGCUAGUUUCAUGGCCUGGAAGGACGAGGCCUUCUCUCUGUGGUUAGAUGUGUGGAUGUCCAUGUUCAAUCUUCCAGAGGAACAGAAGGCUCGCGAUACUAUCAAGUACAUUAACGAGGAGUUCUAUCUCGUCAAUGUGGUAGACCACGAUUUCCGCGACGGCAACAUCUUCAGAGCCUUCGACGGUAUUUUGCCCGCUAAAAGUGCCUAGGACAGGCACUUCAACUCGCACAGACUCUACGGAGGAGUGUAUUGAGUACACGCCAUCAAGGGCGUUCAACGGUUAAUUAGCUGCUACGCUUAGUUACGGGACUCGUCUCUCUCAAUGCUAAUGCGUCACCCGCAGUGCGAUAGAUAGGAAUAAUGUAUAUCACCGCUAGACUAGUGCAUCGGCCACAGUUUAGGGCUAAUCGGAUGACGCCGAGUGUGCGGACGUGACACUCGGUAUUCUGUCCCCUCUGCCAAGUUUUAGAGGAUAAGCAAUAAAUAGAACCUUUCG